UUUUGCAUAAAUAAUAUAUGAAAAUUUCAUAUAAAUUUUAAUAUUAAAAACAAUUACGUUCUUUUUUUUUUGAAGUCACUUCUCAGUUUCCUCCACCGCCGCUCCACUAAUCAACAAAAAUCAGAUAUCACAAAAACGUCUAAUCACCUGUGACUGGGAUUGUCUUACCAAAUGUUUGGUAUUUCAUACGGAGAGCUCUUCCUCUUGAUUGCAGCCACUGCUGCUCUAGUUGGACCAAAGGACCUCCCCAAAAUUGCAAGAACAGUUGGUAGGUUGGCAGGUCGUUCUAUAGGGUAUGUUCAAUUAGCUCGUGGCCAGUUCGAUAAUGUUAUGCAACAAACUCAAGCUCGUCAGGUUCACAAAGAGCUUCAAGAUACAAUGGCACAACUAGAUGCAAUACGGCAUGAAAUACGAAGUUUAUCCCUUAUGAAUCCUGGUCCUAUGACUAGAAGACUGAUGGAAAGUCCUCCAGAGCCUGCGUCUGAUAGUAAUGCAGGUACAUUUCCAACUGAGAUAUGUGAAGAAGUGAAGAAUUCAGCUGAUACUGCAAAGAAGGUUCACAAAGAACUUCAAGAUACAAUGGCACAACCAGAUGCAAUACGGCAAGAAAUACGAAGUUUAUCUCUUAUGAAUCCUGGUCCUAUGACUAGAAGACUGAUUGAAAGUCCUCCAGAGCCUGCGUCUGAUAGUAAUGCAGGUACAUUUCCAACUGAGAUAUGUGAAGAAGUGAAGAAUUCAGCUGAUACUGCAAAGAAGGAUUAUAAUUCAAAAUCUUUUGCUUCGACUGAUUUGCAUGGCCAAGCAACCAUCUAUGCAAGAUUGGCUGAAUCUGAAGCUGUUAAAGCUGGUUCAGCAAGGUGUAGUAUAGAAGAAGAAAAUCUUAAUCAUGAGUCUGUUGAUUUCUCUGUUCUUCCAGUUUCAGCUGAAAGUGCUGGAUUCCUUCCAGAUCGCAAAGAAAGUGCAAAAGGGUCAGAUAUUGUGUUGGAAGCAGUGAUGGAAGCAGAGGUGGCACGUAAUGCCAAAGAUUUCUUCUCUCUGCCUCAAAAUCAAAUACAGUGAAUAAGAAGGAAUCCAGUCUUAAUUGCAACUCUUGGAUCGAGGUGUGGGAUCAUACGCACUUUAAUUGGUCUUAGAAAGUACAUAAAAUCAGCUAGCCAUUCCAGCUUUGCUGCUUUGCCCUGCCCGGCAAUUGUAAUGUCCCUCCUUCCUAGGUAUGCUGAAGGUCGUUUGACACUGCAACAUAGCCUAUCCAAUUUGCUGCUUGACUCCAACUCUCAGACCUCAAUGAUCUUUUGAAGAGGCUUGGGAAGUUUAUAUUGACUGUGGCAUGGAGGUAGCAGGUUGCUUCUUAUCCAUGUUGCGUCAAACCAAGAGACUGGAAAAACUUCUGGGGACUAUAUUACAACUGCCACAAUUGGAGAAUGGAUCAGAAUCAAAUGCAUCAUAACAAGCAUGUGCCAUUUCUCCAUCGUGUGUAAGCUCAAAUUGUAGGAGCGGAUGAAAGGGAUCAAGCAUACCAACCCAAUCAUCCUCACCAAGUAUCUUUUGUGAAGUGUCUGCUAAUUUUAUCUCAGUUGGGCUGAAAUCGGGAGACUGGGGGAGUACUUAUGUGCAUGCUUGUAUUCGCUUGGAAUGUUCAACACAUGCUCCUGGGGAUGAUCUCAAAUUUUAGCUCCUUGUUCAGUUUUGAGUUUGAGAGUUGACUUUCUCUUAUUUUUGUUAUUUAUAUUUAUACCGGAAGACAUUCAAAUUGGGGAAGGUUGAGACUGGAGUGGAAGAGCACAGCACUUGGAAACAUUCAUGCUAUGUUUGGUAUGAAGAAUGGAAAAGGAGAAAAAUAAAAAUUUUUUUAAUCUAAUUGUUGAGAUUCAUAAGAACAUUAGUUAUUUUGUAACUCAAUCAUUAGAUUAAGACUUUUUCUUUCCUUUCCCCUCUAUUUUCUUCCUACCAAAGUGUCACUGAUAUCAGCAGCAAUAUUAUAUUUGUCCUGGAAGUUCCUGUCUUUGAAUCCAAGAGAGAGUUAUCUAUGGUUAAAAAAGAUUUCCCUUUCC